AUGCCAUCGUCCGUGCAACAGGCCACGCCCAUGACCUUGCCGCCUACGGUCGCGCCCAUGAUCGUGCCCAUGAACGCUCCGUCGCCGUUCAGCAGGAAGUCGCGGGUGACUCCGAGACCCUCGGCGGUGCUCCUCAGCGACACCUCGCUGCCCACGUCACCGCUAAAAACGGUUUUCAAGCCGUUCGGCUCUAAAUCACGCAUUGGUGGUGGCAUCGUCUCGGAGAUCGACGUGCAUUUGGCCGACAUCGAGCCUGGAAAGCUGAGCAAGCCCAUUUCGGCUAAAAGUGCGUUCACCGCACUGCACAAGGCGCUGAUUGUUGGCGUCGUCUACACCAGCAUCGUGGCGAGCGAGUGCAGCUACAUCACGGGCCGCACCAAGCGCAUUCUCGACGACGAGUUCAGAAGCCGGGAUAAAGAGAGCCCCAUGACGACCAUGGUGUUCCUCUUCUUCAUGUUUCCCAUGUCCACGGUCACCAUUGUCAUCUUCUGGGCCUACAUUUACCGCCUCUACCUCCGGCAGAUUGACAAACAACUGGACCAAGAAUACAAUCUCGCCAUGAGAGACAUCUUCCUCAAGAAACGCAAGGCCAUGGGCGCUGUCACGAAGCCAGAAAUGAUUGCUGUGGUGAUCUUCGUGGCGUUCGUCCUCACAUUCGCCCUAAACGCGAUUGGUCAACUCGGCAUUACAUAUACGAUGACGACGUACGUGCUGGUGGUGCUGGUGAUCGGCGUUCCCAGGGAGUUUGGCAACCCGUUCUUGGCCGACAUGAGCGUCACGUGGCCCCUCAUCAUGGCAUACAUGCCCUGGGACAUGAUCAUCAUGCGUAUAGGAGGCAUGGAGCUCGCGCACUUUUCCCGGAUGUCUGGCGUGUCGACGUGGAUCAUCGACAAAGUGCUGGUGGGCAACUUGCGCAUGAUGUCCCCCUUUUGGAGCCAGCUCGUGCUGCUGGCCACCACUGCCGUGCUGGCGGAGUUGGACACGUCCUUCGGUUUCGGCAGUCGCGUGGUCCCCGAUAUGCUGCAACUGGCGGACGAGCUCCGUCAGAACGAGCUGUACUUGGCGCUGCCCGUGGUGAUGCAGUCCUCGUACGUGCUGCUCAUGCCCUACACAAGGAUCUCGCUCAUCUUCAUCCACCAGUACACCGAUAUCGAAUACACCGAGCUGGUGAGUGGCAACAUGGACAGGAGAUAUAAACUUGCUUCAAUUUACGGUCGUUCAAGGACAUAUUAGGGUUUGAGAAAAAAAUGUGGGGUAAUCUAGGCUUCCCAUAACGGUUUGUUGGUGAUUCCUAAUGAGCAGCAAACCUAUGGUGCAUUGCGGACGUAGACAAAAGAAGUUACGGGACACAUUUAACACCAAAGGUGCCCUGCCAUUUUUUUCUA